UGAGCCGCAGCGGCUACCAUUAUCGUUCAGCGUUGUAUGGCUGCUGAUGCUGAACGGCAAUGCAGGGAUAAAAUUGUAAGACGAAACCUAAUAUGUAACGCUUCGUUCGUAGUCGAGAUUUGUAUUUGGUAUUCUGUCUGCCAGAAUAAUGAGGAAGAGGCGGCAUUGGAAACCUCAGUUUCGUUUAUUUAAGCAAUGGAAAAUUGAGAGCUGAGUUUGAGCACGUGUAGUAAGAUCUGACCCAAUGGCGAAAAAAGGACGCUCAAAAGGUGAAAAACCUGAAGCCAUCAUUUCUGCCUUACAAGCAGCCAAUGAAGAUCUCAGGUCCAAACUAACUGACAUUCAAAUUGAACUUCACCAAGAAAAAUGCAAGGCCAGCAAGUUGGAACGUGAUAAAACACAGGAGGCCAAGCGCAUCCGUGAGCAGGAGCAGCACAGGCACACUGCAGCUCUUACUGAACAGCGGGCACGCUGGCAUGAGGAGAAGCUGAAGGAACUGGCAGCACUGCGUGAAUCACUGACACGACAGCAUGAACAGGAGCUAGGAAGAACUGCCAAGAUCAAGGACGGUGAAAUCCAGAGGCUACGGUCUGCAUUGGCUGCAUUGCGUGAUGGAACUGGCGAGAAGGUUCGCACAGUGCUGACGCUGGAGGCACGUGAUGAGGCACGGCGUUUCUUUGAACAGGAACGUGCAAAGUUGUUAAAUGAGAUCACCGAACUGAAGGUUGCAAAGCGUCAAACAGAUGAGGCGCUCAGUGCUGCUAUACAGGCUGAUAAGACUAAGGCGGUUGAUCUGCGCUCUGAGCACCAGGCACAUCAGGAACAAAUCACCAAGAUCAAGUGGGACUGUGAGCGUGACAUUCGGCGUCUGGUAGAUGAAAUCAAAGCGAAAGACAGGACAAUUUUCUCUUUGGAGAAAGAGUUGGAGACCACUACAGGUUUCCUGCAGAAGUUACAGCUUCAGAAAGAUGCACUGGAUGAGCAGCUUUUCCUUGUGAAGGAAGCAGAAUGUAGCCUUGGAAGUCCAAAAAGAGAGAUCCCUGGAAGGGCUGGUGAUGGAGCAGAGCACUGUGGGAGCCCGGAAAUGAGGAGGAAUCAAAGACGUGUUGCUGAACUGAACUCCACUAUCCGGAAGCUGGAGGACCGUAACACACUUCUAGUGGAUGAAAGAAAUGAGCUACUAAAGCGAGUUAGGGAGACAGAAAAACAGUGUAAGCCGCUGCUGGAAAAGAACAAGCUAUUGAGUAAGAAGAACGAUGAGCUGACUCAGUCUCUCCAACGGACGGAAGAGAAGAUUAAGUCCUUGACCAAAGAAAAUCUGGAGAUGAAAGAGAAAAUUACUUUGCACCCGCCAUUAAAGAAACUGAAAUCUAUGAAUGACUUGGACCAGGCUCAAGAUGAACAAGAAAUUGAGUUCCUCAAGUUGCAGGUUCUUGAGCAGCAAAGCAUGAUCGAUGACCUAACAAGAGAUAGAGAAAAACUUCUUAGGAAGAAGCGGCAUAAACGAAGCAGGCCUAUUAAGAGGCAUAUUGUUGUGGACACAUUCUAUGGAUACGAUGAAGAGUCAGUGGACUCUGAGAGCUCCUCUGUGGCUUCUUUACGUAUGGAUCGUACUCCAGCCACACCAGAUGAAGAAAUGGAUGAGUGUCUGGCCACUGAGGAGUCUGAACUGCGCUUCAGGCAGCUGACACGGGAGUACCAGGCCCUUCAGAGAGCUUACGCCCUGCUGCAGGAGCAGAAAGGUGGCAUUUUUGAUGCUGAGAUGGAAACCAAGGUUCAUGAGCAGCUCCAAGCUGAUGUGCAGAGGUAUAAAGCAAAAAUUGAAGACCUAGAGAAAGAGCUUGUGUCCAAAGGACAGGAUUCCAAAUGGGUAGAUGAGAAACAGUUGUUCCUCAGGCGCAACCAAGAGAUCCUGGAGAAGAUAGAAAAGAUGGAAAAUGAAAAUGCCCGACUGCAGCAAGAGCUCCAGGACUCUAAAGACCAGAAUGAGCUGCUUGAGUUUCGGAUACUUGAACUAGAGGAGAGAGAGAGAAGAUCCCCACCCUUCACUCUUUCAAUUCACCCCUUCUCAGAGGGAGUAAGUGCCCUUCAGAUCUACUGUAUAAAGGAAGGAGUAAAGGAUGUGUGUAUACCUGAUCUCAUCAAAUUGCUAGAUAUUCUAGGAGAUAAUGGGAAUUUAAGGAAUGAGGAACAAGUGGCUAUUAUCCAAGCAAGUACUGUCCUGUCUCUGGCUGAGAAGUGGAUCCAACAGAUAGAGGGGACGGAGGCAGCACUCCAUCAGAAGAUGAUGGACUUAGAGCUGGAGAUGGAUAUGUUCUGCAAGCAAAAGGGCUAUCUGGAGGAGGAGCUUGACUACAGAAAGCAGGCCCUUGAUCAGGCUUAUAUGCAAAUCCAGGAGCUGGAGGCAACCCUGUAUAAUGCACUGCAACAAGAUAAGGUGAUCAGAUACGGUGAGCCACUGAGUGAACUGCAGAGGGAUGAGCUGCGCAUGGCUGUGGAGAAACUGCGACGCCAGAUGCUGAGAAAGAGCCGCGAGUAUGACUGCCAGGUGCUGCAGGAGAGAAUGGAGCUUCUCCAUCAAGCCCACCAGAGAAUACGUGACUUGGAGGAUAAGACAGAUAUACAGAGAAGGCAAAUUAAGGAUCUAGAGGAAAAGUUUUUAUUUUUGUUUCUUUUUUUUUCUCUUGCAUUUAUUCUUUGGCCGUAAUGACUAUGACAUCUGCUGAAGAGGUGCUGCAGCAACCAUGAAAUCUUGUGAGCAGUUUACGACUUGUGAAGACUAGAACUGUACUACUGGCCAUUUUCUCUUUACUGUUCUUGUGGGUGGGUUGGUUGUGUGGGUAUUGGAAAUGUAGUGCUUGUUUAUAUUAGCUGCAGUGGACAUGCCCUCCAAAUAAGGAAGCUUUGGGUUACCUGGCAAAAUAACAAAACACUGUGUCAACAAAUUGCAGGAAAACCAAUAUGAGGAGGGUUAUACUGUUUAUCUCUGCCAUGCAGGGGAUUUGCCAUUCCACCUGCUUGUUGCAUCUUUCACUCCAGAAACUUCAUCAUAUUCUCAGUUAUAAUAUGUCAGCCCACUCAAACUUCAUUUUCUUCCCACCCACAUAUUUAACACAGCAUUGGACACUGUUAUUCACACUCAUGAAUGUCUAGGAUGCCUGACUCAGGUCUUUGUCGUCUGGACUCCUAAAAACAGAUGUGUCUCACACUGCCUGAAAAGGGAAUGGCAAAAAAAGAGAUCAAAAGUCUGUAUUCACUGCAAGUAUAUUACUCAAUCCAAUCAGUUUGGUGCUUCAAAAAUCAUUUCACUUCAAAAUAUUGGUGAAACUGAGUAAAAAUUCUAAGUUAUUGUGCCCAUGACCUCAUAUAUACCACGAUUUCCCUGUCAAUAAAAAAAAAAUAUUAAAAUUAAUCAUUAUACUGUAUAUCACUUGGUAUAAUUUGUUGAUAUGUACAUUUGUUAGAAUAGCUCUCCUCCCUUCCACUGUAAAUACACCUUUUUCUCUACAGCUUGAGCAGUAGCAUCUCUCAGCAAUUUAUAAUUUAUUGAUUUAUUGUUGUAGUGACAGCUUUUCCUAGAUGUGCUGCCUCAGUAGAGUUUUUUUCCUCCCCACAAGUAAUGGGAAACCCAUCUUUUUUUACUCUUUUAGACAGAAAUAACAGUAUGCUACAGGCAAAAGCUUCUCAUCUAAUUUGUAUGGAAUAUACUGUUGCAGCUCCCCUUGAAGUUUGUUUUAAUCUGCUUUAAUAUGUAUAUAUUUUUGACCAUUCAAAAAUGUACUGGGAUUAAUUAAAGUCUUAAUAUCUCUUCAGCAGUGAUGCAGCAUCUCUUUUUCUUUUUCACUUCCCCUUUUAAUUUAGUUGUACUUUUUCCC